CAACAACAACAACAACAGCAGCAGUGUAACCCACAUAACAGCGUUGUCACUACUACCAAACAAGCGGCAAAUGUGGAGGAUAACUUUACGGCGAUGCGCAAUGCCGCCAUGUCUAUGUUUAAACAACGCACAAAGGAUCUCACCAUGGUAUCAUCCCUAACAGCUGAAGCCGAUGAGUUGGAGCAACUAAACAAUCAGGUGCAAUCCACCAUCCAUCAACUGCAAGAACAGAGGGCGGUGUUGGAGGCGCAGAUCGAAACAGAGGAAAGUCGAGUAAAAGAACGGGAGGUUCAGCUGCGAGAAGUACACACCAUGCUUGCACAGAUGAAAGAAGAUCAGGGUGUUUUCUCUGGUGUUCAUCGCUCCUCCGAACACGUCGCUACACUUCUACAGCAAUUCGUCACAACUUACACCAAUAAAAGCGGUGAUGUUGUUCGGCUGUUGGAACAGGCACAAGAACGGGCACAGGGACGUUCACCGAAUGAGUGGCGUACAGCCGCGAAUGACUUGCGUUGGCGUCAGUCGGUAGCGGAAGAUCACAUUAAACAGAUUGAACGACAACACACAGUUCCUGUUGGGUUUGCAGAUAUUCUACUGGAAUGGUCACGUGGAGUGUGGAAACAACAUUCAGAGUAUGCACCUCUACUACACUUGUGUGAAGAGCUCUUAUUGCUGAUGCAGGACGCUACAGAAGCUGUGCGUGGACUUUUACCACCUCCUGUAUUAUGUGAACUUACUCCUAUUACGGAAGAAAUGAAUGUUAUCAAAGGUGAUGAUAAUGAAGAUAAGCAUACGAACAAUAAUAAUAAUAAUAAUAAUAAUGAUAAGGAUGAUGAUGCUAUUGCUCUCUCUACUGCAACAAAGACCUGUGCGUAUACAGAAGGGAGUUUACGGGAUCUUGACUGUAUUGCAGAAGUGGGAACGUUAAUGGAAAAGGAAGCCGAAGGUGUUGGUCUCUGUUGUGCUGUUCUUCCACGUGAACGACUGGAACUGGCGCGGUCAAAGUGUAUCUCACUUCAACAGUUGGCGAUCGCUCUGCAGAAGGCAACGGCGGUGUCAAAUGAACACGCAAGGAAUUUGGAGGAACAAGAUGCGUUGGUAAAACUACUAAAGGAACGUGUGAGUAAUCUUGAUACACAAAGGAUAAAUAUGGAGUCUAAUCAGCAGAAGGAAAUAGCUAUAAUACCACAAGAAGUAGAUAUGCAUGAAAAUUUGUCUUUAUCAUGGCAUAAAGCUUUGCAAACGGUAGCUGCACAUAUACAGCAUGAGAUAACGUACCAAACUGUUAUUACUACGAAUGAGAACGAAACGAAACAAUUGGAAACGGAAUUAGAUGCUAAAGUAUCAUACAUGCAGGAACAAUUCUUAAAUCUACACAGAAAAUUAGUAGAACUUUGCAGUGCUUAUAUUGUAGAAGAGGAACAAAAAAGAGAGGCUUUGAGAGAAUUUAAAGAAGCAACAGAUGUUCAAAAUGAAGAAGAUGCUCGUUUAUGCGUUCUUCGUGAUCUCUGUGGGGAACUUGAGACUGUAUUACAGCGGGAUCUUGAAGAGAUGCGUCAAAAUCGCCAUUGUGAAGUAACCAAUACAUCAGAAGUAUUGGAAUGCAAUGCGGAGGAUGAGGAUGAGAAGGAUCCAUCUAAGGCUGCUGUAGUGGAUGAGUUUUUGACAAAGUUACUCCGUUGUGACUGGGAGAAAAAAGAGACAGAGAAAGAGGAACAAGGAAAUCAUAAUAAUGAUAAUAAUAAUGAUAACUUCAAUAAUCAUGCCACAGAUAACAGAGAUAACAUAAAGAAUGAAUUAUUAAAACUCACUGGACUUGAUGUGGAGUUUUUGCAGCGUGUGGCUCAGUGCCUUGCAACUAUGCAGGACGAGACAAAUCAGACAAUGAAGACAUACCAAGAAUGGAAAGAGGGAACAGAAGAAGAACUUGUUGCUCUUUCUGCUGAGUGA